AUGGAUUCUGUAAAGGAACUACCCGAUUUAUUCAAGAACUCAUCGCCUACCACGAUGCGUCGGUUGCGGACUUCCUUCUUAGCGUUUUGCUUGACGACGCUGGCGGUGUCGAUGUAUCUUCUUUGGAACUAUGGAGCCACUCUUCCUCGUGUCUUCCAUGGCAUUGAAGACGUCGAUGACAGCGUCCAAGGAGGUGUUUCUGUUGAUCCAGCCGCGACGAAUACUCAGAGUAUCGAUAUCACAUCAUUAUCAACAUCAAUCGUCGCCCCAGAGUCCUCGUCAGUUCCCGCGCAAGACUCUCAGUCAGAUAAGGGAGCUGGAUUAGAUGAAUCAGGCUCGACACAUCUUCCGUAUUUCGAUCUUGUCUGGUGGCUUCGUUCAAUUGGUCGUUUCCCCGGAGAACCUUUAAUCUUUAUGAUUGCCAGCAACGCCGAGAUGGCCUUAACCUUCAACAUGCACGAGACAUUUGAAAAGUACGGGAAUGAAAAUAACUUCUUUGUAUUGUGUCUAGAGAAGGCAUGUCUUGAUGCCCCAGAGAUUUUCACUUACGAUGUUGUCGGUAUGAAUAAGAACUCUGUCAAGAUUGCUGCAAGCGCCCAACUGUUGAGGGAAAGGUUUAGCUUCGUCUUCAUAGACCCUGAUGUCUAUCUUACGGGAUCUAUUGACCCAUUUAGCGUUAUGCUACCGUUGAGCGAUCCCGACUGGGACAUUCAGUUUUUCCCAGGCCCUGCCAGGGGAGCAAAGGGAAUAGACGCCAGCUUCUUCUACGCCCGACCAAAUGAACCAACCAAGGAAUUCUUCAAAAGAGUAAAAAAGAACUGGAAGGAAUCCGGGGACCAGGAUCUCAACAGUCUUAUGAACGUCAUGGCUUUUGAGAUGUUCAGCGGAGACGGAACUUUGAAGAUGAAGAUCCUUGGUUCUAAAGAGUUCAGAGGUUGGGGGGACAUGAUCGAAUGGGAAUCAAAGAACUAUAACAACUACGCUGCUAUGAAUAUCAUUCAGAAUGAAACUGCGGUCGUCCAUAUGACAUGUGUCGAACCUAGUCUUCGCAGCUACAUCGCAAGGAACUUUGGCGCUUGGUAUGAUGUUGAAAGUUACUACAGUGGAAAACGCAAAUUCCUAGCAGUAAAGGGGUUGGAAGGCGACGCAUCUCACGCUUCGAAGAUAAUCGGGUUCGCCGCCAAAGUCGCCAUGGACAGCUAUCGAACGCUCAUCUUUCCGUCAUCCGCUAUUUUAACCCAAGCUAGAAAGAACGCGCAAACAGGGGCGUCGGACUACGUAACCGUUCCCGAAUUUCCAGCUUAUAGAAUCGUCAACCCGUCCAGCUUGUACCCUCUAAGCCUACGCCUUGUGGAAGCUACGUAUUUAAACAACAGGGCACGGUAUACGGAUGAGCAUUUGACCGAAGAUACGAUAAUAAUGGGCAACGGCCAUUCAGCUAAAGAUCCGACUACUGGAAAACCAGUGGUCGUCAAGACUGUUCUCGAUAAAGCGAAAGUCGACAUUAUCUGGCUAGACAUGGGCAGCGGAAGGUGGUGGGAUCUCGACGCCUCCGGUGCAAUGGCUUCAUACACUAGGGAGGUGCAGAAUGUCAUCAAAACGUGCAGCAAUGCCAACGAGGAAUUCUUCGAAUGCGACAAGAGAUGCAUAUAA